AUGGGCCUCUCCUCGCUCGCGGAUCUCGAGGUGCUUGCUUUCAACGACCACGCCCUGGGCCCCCCUUCUUUGCCAUGCUCCCCCUCAAUUCUUGCUUACCCUCAAUUCUUGCUUACCCUUAACCGUUACUUCCUCCCCUCAAUCCCUGCUUUUCCCCACCCCUGCUUCCCCCUUCUCCCCUGCUUCCCCCCCCCACCCCUGCUUCCCCCACCCCUGCUUCCCCUCAACCCCUGCGCUCACCUGUUGCCCCCCACCAGGCGACGUGUUCUCAUCAGUGGCGGGCCUCACCUUCCGCUGGACCCUCACGCCCCUCGGCUCGCCCCUCCCCGUCCACCGCCAACCUGCGGCCUCCUCUGCGCCACGUGGCGACCAGGCAUUGGAGCACCGCCUGCAGCACGUGCCCCUGGAGGAAGCGGCGCUGCUGCUGGCAGGCGGAGAGGAGGGGCGCGCGCGCCAGGGACGACCUGGGGGAGCGAAGGCAGGAGAGUAUGGAGAGGGACGGUUGUCAAAGAAGGCCGAAUACAGCCGGGAGGUAGCAGCAGGAGCAAGGCGUCAGCAGUGCAGUGGGUCAUCAUGCGCCUCAUCCUCAUAUCGCCCGCCUCUGAUCCUGUGCCCGCAUAUGUGUCUGUGUAUCCAUCACCCAAUCAGGUGGAGCGGUCAGACGUGUAUGUGGUGAGGGGUGUGGCGCCGGGGCAGGAGAAGGUCUCCGUGCAGCUCAUGGACGCUGAUGUCACCGCCGCAGGAGCAGCAGCAGCAGGGGGUGCAGCAGCACUGCCAUCGGAUGCCAUAACGCUGACGGUCGCCCGUACUGCCCACCCCUCGCCCUCCUGCACCUUGCCCCUCGCCUGCCCCCUUUCUCUUCCCACCCCUCCCGUCCCGUUUUGCCCACCCUCCGCUCCCUCCCCUGUCCACCCUCCUCUCCCCCUCAUCAUGCUGUUUCUUUCUGCUGCCGCGCGUCCCCUUCCCUUCAUCACCCUCUUUUCCCCCUCUCCCGUGUCACCCCCAUCCCAACUUCCUUCCCCCAUCCUUCCAGCGGUGCAGCUGCCCUCCCCCAGCUACGCGUGGGCAACAGCCAACGCAUCAGUGGCCUCGGUGCACCCCUCCCAGGGCGUGGUGACAGCCCUCGCCCAGGGCGCCACCACGCUCACCGCCACUGACGUGCGUGUCGCCGACCACCACCAGGCCGUCUCCAUCCACGUCGUCACGCCUGGCCAUGUCAAGAUCUUCCUCGCACCGCUGGCGCCUCUCCCAGGGGGGAAUGGGGGCACCGGUGGCGAGGGGGAGGUGUGUUCUGGAGCAGGUGCAGCUGGGGGAGGGGGUCUGCCUGGGGCUGUAGCCUGCAGGGCUGUGGCGGAGCCUGUGGCCAGUGGGGGGGACACGUGGCACCUUGUGGUUGGUCGGGAGUACGCUCUCUGGGUGCAGGUGUUUUCCCAUGGCUGGCCCAGCCGGCCCGUGCUGCUCACACAGGCGGACACACUGCUGCUGCGCUUCGACCACCCACCCCUCUGGUCUGUCGUUGGGGAGGAUGCUGCUGCGGUUGCCUCCCUACCGGCACAGGCGCCUCCUGCUUUGGAGGGGGGAGGGGGUGGUGGGGAGGAGAGGAGCAGGGUGGUUGUGGUGCGAGGGGGGCAGCAGGGGCAGGGCGAGGUGCAGGCUGAGCUGCGGUACCGAGAGGUGCAGAGCGGUGGGAAGGGGCGGGAGGAGAAGGUGGUGGCGGUGCAGGCGAUUCGUGUGUGCGACCCCGUGCUGGUGCACCUGCCCUCCCCCACAACCCCCGCCUCUUCUUCAUCUCCUCCUCCUGUGGACCCUGUCCACGUGGUACACCUGCCGUGGGUGCCGCAGCUUGACUCUGCGCCACCACCGCUGCGGCAGCACCUGCGGCUGCUGGCGUCGGGAGGUGAGCAGAGUCAUGCACUGUGA